AUGAAUACCUCAGAAUACAACAGUAAGAUCCAAAAUCUACUAGAUGAUCAAAACUACAAUAUCGUUGAAAAGGAUCCCACUACUGCACUCCAGAAAGAAAUACACACACUCUCAAAAGGUCUUAAAAAAUUAAAAAGACUGAGCGAAUCCGAGUUCCGUCACAUUUCCCAUUCCAAUUGCAAAAUUCCACGUUUUUACGGAUUACCAAAAGUCCAUAAGGCCAAUAUCCCUCUCCGCCCAAUUGUGGACUUCCGAAAUUCUCCUUCCUAUAACCUAGCUCACCAUUUGAAUAAGAUUUUAAAAUGCAUGACGAUCAAAUUUCCAACUAAUCUCAAAAACUCAUACGAAUUUGCACACAAAAUCAAGGAUUUCAUUGUCCCAGCAAAUUAUGAAUUCGUCUCAUUUGAUGUCGUCUCAUUAUUCACAAAGGUACCGAUACAACAAACGUUAGCAUACAUCAAGAAACGCCUUGAAAAAUCUACUGAGUGGAAAACAACAACGAGUUUAACUUCAGAUGAAAUUAUGAAAUUACUCAAAAUCACUGUAAAAUCCAACUACUUCACAUGGAAAGGUGAAAUUUACAAACAAACUGACGGCUCACCAAUGGGCAGUCCAAUUUCACCAAUCAUCGCAGAAUUUUGCCUACAAGAGCUAGAAGAAAAAGUUGUCUUAGAUCAUCCAGACAUUGCCUUUUUCAAACGUUUCGUUGAUGACGGUUUCGCCUGCAUAAGAAUUGGAUCCAAAGAACAAAUUCUCCAAGCCCUGAACAACUUCCAUCCUUGUAUUCAGUUCACAUGCGAAUCAGAAGUAAAUAUGAAAAUUCCAUUCCUAGAUGUUCUAGUUACGCGAGAUAACAUGGGAAUAGUUCAUCGACAAGUUUAUAGGAAACCCACCCACACAGGAAGAUAUCUCAACUAUCAUUCAUACCAUCAUCCUUCACAAAAAAUCGCAGUUAUUGAUGCCCUAGCAUACCGAGCAUUAUCAAUUUGUGAUGACGAGUUUCUAGAGGACGAGUUAAAAUUUAUAACGGAUUCUUUAACAAAAAACGGUUAUCCCAGAAGCUUGAUUAACAUGCGACUUUCUAGAAUGAAGGACAAAUUCACUAACCAGUUGCAAUCCCAAAAUCAAGACCCAGAAGAUCAGUCACCGAGAAUAAUUCUACCAUACAUGGGGCCAGUCACUCACCGAAUUACAGCAUUUCUACAAAAGAAAUUGAAAUGUAAAUUUGGAUAUUUGACCGGAAAGAAAAUGAAGCAAAUUCUUUGCUCUUACAAAGAAAAUCCACCACCGGAUAAAAUAGGAAUUUAUCGAAUUCGAUGCUCAUGCCCAUCAGAUUAUAUUGGCGAAACAGGUAGACCACUGCAUUUAAGAACCAGAGAACAUUUGAAUGACAUCAGAAAGAAAAACAUAAAAUCGGCCCUGGCUCUUCACAUGCUAGAAAAACCCAACCACCAAAUAAAUCAAGACUCAGCCGACUUUCUCAAAUUUCUGUCCGCUUCUUUGCAGCAGCAGCAGCAGAAUUCACAGGAUUCCGUACCUGCAUUAUACCAGGACGAACCGGUUUAUAAACAUCCGCAAUUUUGGAGAGAUGUAACUCCGUUUGGAAAAAUCCAAAUUCGUCAAUUUUGGGACCCAUUGGACUUUGCAUAUUACGCAAUUAUUCGCAAGAUUAAUCGCAACGAAAAGAUAGGAAAUUUACCAGACUCGUUGAUUCGCAUACCCGUGAAAGAUAUCGCAGAUGUCGUAUCGAGAAUGCGAGAAUUAUUCACAGAGAUUGACUCUACAAACGUGCGGGAUGAAAUUCCAUCUUUGAAGGGCAACCCUUAUGCUGCUAUCGAAGAUAGAAACGAUGAUAACUUUUGA